AUGGAUAAAAACACAAGCUCAUCCUCGUUUCCUCUAGCCAGUCGUGUAGCCAUAGUAACUGGAGCCACAAGAGGCAUCGGCCGUGCGAUUGCCAUUCACCUCCACAGCCUUGGUGCAAAAGUCACUCUCAAUUAUGUCUCGAGCACAACAGAAGCUGAACUCCUGGCCUCGGAACUAAACGCGUCUCAACCAAACUCUGCACUCGCAGUCAGAGCAGAUGUUUCAGAUCCGGAAGAGAUCAACAGUUUGUUUGAUCGAACCGAACAAGAGUUCCGAUCAAAAGUUCACAUUCUCAUAAAUUGUGCAGGUGUUUUGGACCCAAAGUAUCCAUCUUUAUCAGAGACUACACUAGAAGAUUUCGAAAAAACAUUCAGGACAAACACGAGAGGGGCUUUCUUGUGUUGCAAGGAAGCUGCUAAAAGGGUUGUUAGAGGAGGUGGUGGAAGAAUCAUUAUGAUGUCUACUUCACAGGUCGGUGCACUCUCGCCAGGUUAUGGAGUCUAUGCGGCGUCAAAGGCUGCGGUUGAGACAAUGGUGAGAGUGUUGGCAAAGGAACUGAAGGGAAGCAAGAUAACGGUGAACUGUGUGGCACCAGGGCCGAUUGCGACAGAGAUGUUCUAUGCUGGAAAGAGUGAUGAUAUGGUGAAGAUGCUUGCAGGGGCGUGUCCGAUGGGGAGGAUUGGUGAGCCAAAGGAUGUUGCGGAUAUUGUAGGGUUUUUGGCAGGUGAUGGUGGGGAAUGGAUCAACGGUCAGGUUAUCAGAGCCAAUGGGGGCUUUGUUGUGUGAAAAAAAAGGAAGAUUUAAUUAUCAAAUAUUGAUGUUAACUUCUUUCGGUGUGUUGAACAUUGUGUAACUCGAUUAUGAGUGGACCACGUGGUUGAUGAAAGUUCACAUGUCUUUAGUCAACUUUCACUUAAUAAACGAGUUUUGGGGCAUAAAAAACAAAAGAGUGUCUGAUAAUUGUUUGCAAGCAUAUUUAAUUGGGAAAAUAAAAGAACGAGCACUGUGACAAAUGAUAUAUAGGUUUUAAAGUGCAAUAAAAGAUAUAUGAUGAGCAAAUUACCUAAUUGUCUUGUAUUUCAAAUUAUAUUGUAUCUUUCUGUAAUGCCUCGAAACCUUAAUCCUAAUUUUUUUUUUCAA